AUGUACAUUACUUGGUUGGGACUGACUCAUGAUGGGGAAGGUCAGUGUGAGACAGAAGGAUUAAAAGGAUCUGUGAUGGCACCUACUGUAUUGGCCACACUUCACAAUUACGCGUGGUCAUCCUGCUCGAGAGAACAGUUCCAUGAAAAAUCCGAGCGCUGGUGGUGUCUUCAACAACGGAGUCAUGAUGAUGGAGUGGUGCUGGGUGGGGCUAAAGAACUUUCCAAUUAUGUCUUCACUAUGGAUGAGCAGUGUCGGACGGAAUUCGGAGAAGGGUAA